CAAUACCUUUAUCUUGUACCAGAAACUGCUGGUUCUCAUGCAAUUGGGCUCAAAACAGUAGUCAAUGGCCACUCUUGCUUCCUCAUCCUCUGUGCUCUUCUCCUCUCCAUCCUCCAACUCCAACUUUCUUCAGCCUUCUCUCUUUCCUCAUCCACGUCUCUCCCUCUCCUCUUCCUCCUCCGCUGCUUUGUCUUCCUCUCUCUCCAUUUCUCCUUCUUUCGUCACGAACCACAAGAGUUCUAGGCGCUUUAAUCCCUGUUCCUUGAGUGUCAAGGUCUUUGCUGCAGAGAAGAAAAAUGUCCUCAUAGUGAAUACCAACAGUGGUGGGCAUGCAGUAAUUGGAUUCUACUUCGCAAAAGAGCUUCUGGGUUCUGGUCAUCAGGUCACUAUACUGACUGUUGGUGAAGAAAGCUCCGACAAGAUGAAGAAACCCCCAUUUAAUAGAUUCUCAGAAAUUGUGAGUGCUGGUGGCCAAACUGUGUGGGGAGAGCCUGUGGAUGUUGGGAAGGUUGUGGGAGGAGCAACAUUUGAUGUGGUAUUGGAUAACAAUGGCAAGGAUUUGGACACUGUAAAGCCUGUGGCAGAUUGGGCCAAGAGCUCCGGAGUAAAGCAAUUCUUGUACAUCAGCAGUGCAGGAAUAUAUAAGCCCACUGAUGAGCCUCCUCAUGUUGAAGGGGAUGUUGUGAAGGCUGAUGCUAGUCAUGUUGGAGUCGAGGAGUAUAUUGCUGAGAUAUUCAGUUCAUGGGCAAUCUUUCGUCCGCAAUACAUGAUUGGAUCUGGCAACAAUAAAGAUUGUGAGGAGUGGUUCUUUGAUCGAAUUGUAAGAGACAGACCAGUUCCAAUCCCAGGUUCUGGGUUGCAGCUGACAAACAUCUCUCAUGUAAGGGACUUGUCCUCUAUGCUUACUCUAGCCGUGGAGAAGCCAGAUGCAGCAAGUCGCAAUAUUUUCAACUGUGUAAGCGACCGCGCUGUGACUUUGGAUGGAAUAGCUAGACUUUGUGCUCAAGUUGCUGGUCGCCCUGUUAACAUAGUGCAUUAUGAUCCAAAAGUUAUCGGCAAAGAUGCAAAGAAAGCUUUUCCUUUCCGCAACAUGCAUUUCUACGCAGAACCAAGAGCUGCCAAGGAUAUUUUAGGAUGGCAAGCUAAAACAAAUCUUCCUGAAGAUCUUAAGGAGCGGUUUGGCGAGUACGUAAAGAUUGGAAGGGACAAGAAGGCCAUUCAAUUUGACUUGGAUAACAAGAUACUAGAGUCCCUUAAAGUUCCAGUUGCUGCCUAAUCAUUCAAGAAUCAAGUGAUUUUUCAAUCCAUAUAUCCAUUUCACAUAACUACGAGUCGACCAUUCUUAUCCUUUCUUGUAUUUGGGUUUUCGUAUGUUACAUGUUUGUUUGGUCUUGGGGAUGAUCUAUGUAUUAAUAUCUAUCCAUUAAAAGUUACUUUCUUAAAGAACAGAAAAAGCAAAAAGAGAAAUGAUCAUCACAUCUCUUUGAGUUCA